AAAAACAGAAAAUAGAAACAUGAGAUAAAACUUUGGGAGCUAAGACAUCAUACAUGGCAACACUCUAAUUGAGAAGAUGAUUGCCCUCAAACCCAUAUUUCACCCUUCUUUCCAUCCUUCUUCUAACAACACCACCAUAUUUACUACUCUGCACCCCCACCAUAUCACAAGAAUAAGAAGAAGUUCUGUUUUUCUAUGUCUUUCCACCAACAACUCCAAUGAUGAAUAUGAUAAUAAUUCACAACCUAAAGGUGAUGUUCAAAACCAAGAGCUAUUGGCUCAACUUGCUAUGCUUGAGACAGAAAAAGUUCGUCUAACUGAUUAUUUGGAUGAAAGAUCUGAAUAUUUGACUCAAUUUGGUGAAGAAGCUAAAGCUGAACUUGAUAAGAUUGGUGAAGAGGCUCUUAAAGGAUUGGAUGAAUCUAGUGAUAGAAUAACAGCAAAAUUAGAAAGCGAAAUGCUAGCAAUUGAAGAAUCUAAUGAACUAAACAGAGUAGAGAUUGAUGAAAGUGAAAACAGAGUAAUGGAAAUUGAAGGUCAAAUGGAGGUUGACCGAAACGAAGGACUAUUCUUUAAGAACUUAGGACAAAGAGGACCUAAUGUUGAUAGAGCAAAAGCCAAGGAAGAAUUUGAAAAUAUCAAAGAUGUAACAACAAGAGAAGAAAAUGGAAGAAAAACAAGAAAAAAUGUUUACUUAUUCUUCAUUGGACUUUUUACAUAUGGAAUAGUUGGUUCUAUUAAUGUGUCAUCUUUAAGUUCUACUGAUUGGAAAAGAGUUGCUGUUCUUGGAGCUAUUCUUGUGGCUUUGUUUACUCAGUUCAGUUAUGAACAAAAUAAAGACAAGAAUCAGAAAGAUGAUGAACAAUGAAGAGGAAGAUGAUAAAUAUUCAAACACAAAUAUUGUCAAAUUCACCUGAGUUAUUAAUUAAUUAAUUAUUAUACUUGCCAAGGUCUAUAUAAAAUAUGUUGUUUUUUGCUACUUUUUUUUGGUACGAUGAACAACUUUGAAUUUAGGACUUCAUGCAUAGUACUAUUUAAAUCUGUCAUUAUCAGAUAAAUUAUAGUGACUUAUCGCUCAUACAACAUUUCAUUCAAAA